UGCUUUACAAACCGAACCAGGAAUUCAUGAUUAACCAAGUGGAAAGGAGAGCAAGGAUAUCUGUCCAAAGGGUUGGUGCUCCUCAAUCUUCUGAUAUUGUCAAGGCCUCUGGUGAUGAUGCCAUUAAGUGUGUAGAGUCGGUCUCUGAUAGUGUCUUGUGUCAUUUCAAAGAAGCAGCUGAGAAGUUGAUUGAGGAGAAAGGCCCAGAGAAUGCACUCUGUGCUGCUCUGGCUUACAUCACUGGGUUUACUGAGCUCACCGCAAGAUCACUGCUAACCUCUGAAAAGGGCUACACAACGUUUAUGUUUUCCGGUGAACAAGAGGUUCGUUCUCCAGGCUACUUUUGGAAUAUAGUGGAGAGACUAUUUGGAGAGGAAGCAAGAAGAUCAGUAAGAGGAAUGAGACUAUGCAGUGACAAUAAGAGUGUGGUAUUUGAUCUCCCAAGCAAUACUGCAAAGCAAUUUGAGUCCUCCUGCGGUACUUCAAAAGGAAUAACAGUCUCUAUACCUCAGACUCUCCCUGAAUUGAAGCCACGCCCAAACGAGUUUUACCAGCGCCAGCAGCAGCAGUCACGUAAUGGCCGGUGGUCAUUUGGGAGAGGAGGAGGAGGAGGAGGGUCUGGUAGGGGGCGUGGCAACUGGAGAACUAGCAGAAAAUAAUGUAAUUAUAACUUAUUAUUUAUUCAUUAUUCUUAAUUAAUUAUUAUUAAUUAAUAAUUAUUUAUUAUUUAUUAUUUAGUACUAAUUUGAUUUCUGACCCAUUGAUAGUUAAGAUUACAUGAUGUGUUCUAUAUUUUACAUCAAAUUUUGAUUAUCUUAAAUUAACUAUUAAAUCAUGACCUAAA